UCCGCGUUCCGGUAAUGGCGGCCCCCAUAGGACGGGUGCCUUUGCUGCUUCAAUGCCGGUGGUUGCUCGUUUCCCGCCGGGCAGUUGCAAAGCGAAUAAGGGAGGCCCGUUGCAGCUCCACAGAAGCUGCUGCAGCUGCGUUAAAGGAGCAGCAGGCCUCGAGCAGCGAGGAGGUGCCGGCUCCCAAGACGGACACCCGAAAGAAGACAUUCAGUGAGGUGCUGGCAGAAAGACUAGAACAAGCUCAAAGGACAGUGUUAAUUGACUGCCCGUCCAAAAUCAAUGAGAAGAAAUUUCUUAAAUACAUGUCAUCUCAUGGAAACAUUAAGAAUCACUUCUUUUAUGAAAGUUAUGGAACGUAUGCUGUGGUAGAAUUUUCCGAGAAAGACAGCAUAGCAUCGCUGCAGGGUGUUACUGGCAACCCACAAUUUAAGGAUGAAUGUCCCGUACCAUUUGUGUCUAGGAUUUUUACUUUAACGUUGAAAAACCCACCCAGCCAAGCUUCUAAUCAGACACCAGUUCAUUGUCACAGACUGUCCACUGUUCCCUUGGGAGAACUGAUCAGGAAAUUAUGUGAUGCUAAUAGUGUGAGUGAUCAGUUGCACAUGCUCACAGAGGAAUAUCAGCUGACUGAAGAAAACACUAAACUCCGGUUUCUGACUUGUUCUUUAAUUCAAGACAUUGCGGGUGCCUAUUUUCCAAACUGCACCAUGAAACCCUUUGGCUCUUCCGUGAACACUUUUGGUAAACUAGGAUGUGAUUUAGACAUGUUUUUGGACCUCGAUGAAAUUGGAAAAAGCACCACCAGAAGGAAAACAGGCCCCUUUAACCUUGAGUAUAAAAUGAAGAGAGUGCCUUCUGAACGGAUUGCAACACAGAGAAUUCUUUAUGUGAUCGGGGAGUUCAUUGAUAACUUUGGCCCUGGGUGUGUUGGUGUGCAGAAGAUACUUAAUGCUCGCUGUCCAUUGGUGAGAUUUUCCCAUCAGCCUUCGGGAUUUCAGUGUGAUUUGACAGCUAACAACAGAAUUGCCAUGAGAAGUUCUGAACUCCUUUAUAUCUACGGCAGCCUUGACCCACGUGUUAGAGCUCUUGUGUUCAGUGUACGGUGCUGGGCGCGGGCCCAUGGAAUCACAAGUAGCAUUCCCGGUUCAUGGAUUACAAAUUUCUCUCUAACAAUGAUGGUUUUGUUUUUUCUGCAAAAGAAAACUCCCCCCAUCAUUCCAGCCUUGGAUCACCUGAAGGAGUUAGCUGAUGUACAAGAUAAGCAGGUAAUUGAAGGUCACGACUGCACAUUUGUUAGCGACUUGAACAAAAUUCAGCCCACAGGAAACACGCAGAGUUUGGAUGUGCUGCUGGGUGACUUCUUUGAAUACUUUGGGAAUUUUGCUUUCAAUAAGUAUUCACUAAAUAUUCGGAAGGGAAAGGAGCAAGGCAAGCCAGAAACAUCUCCUCUCCAUAUACAGAAUCCCUUUGAGCAGAGCCUUAACAUCAGUAAGAAUGUCAACGCAAUGCAACUCGAACGGUUUGUCAGUUUGGCCCGAGAGAGCGCCUGGAUUUUGCAGCAGGAUAAGGGUCCCUCUUCAACCAGCGGCCAGCCCUGGGGAAUGGCAGCCCUUCUUCCCGCUUUGACUGCAAACAAUGCCAGCAAAGGUGCACGGAAGAAGAGGAGAACCGCUAGUGAAAGAAUCAAAGGUCUACUGGACUCCUUGAAGAUAAAUAACCCCAGCAAUGGGGGAAAGCCCUUCAGUACUUGGGUGCGAUAGCUGUUGCAGCAUCCUCAGGACUCAUUAAAGCAGUUGGUUGUCUCA